UGGCCAGCCAUGCUGAUCCUGAACUGCCCCUCCAAGUUGCAGCUGUUAGAGGGCUUGCUGCGACGGAGCCUGCCUCACACACUUCCGGCCUAUGGGGCAGUGAUGCACAUCAACCGUGGAAACCCAGUUCAGCAUGAAGUGGUUGUGGACUCCUGGCCUGAAGUGAAAGCUGUCCUUACCCGCCCACGUCAGGAGGUGGUGAAAGACAACUUGGAUUACUAUGCAAACUUGCAUGCUGCUUUCUAUUGGGACAUAGAUGCCUGCCAAGCGCUCCUGGAAAAUGCAGAAGCCAUUGACUGGGGCAGGGCCUUUCAGCUGCAAGGACUCCAAGAUGGAAUGUAUGAAGCCACCAAGAGUAUCGCGGAAACCAAAUGCGUCCAUCUGGAGACAUAUGCUUACCAGACACUGAUGCAUCCAGACCCAUCUACUCUCCAUCCAAGCCGGUUCAGAAGCGACGUCUUCCACCUUGGGAUCCUCAGCCCAUCUCAAGCCACCCUGCUGAAUGAAGCUUGGGACUUUGGGGGCAAUGAUCGGAGCCUGCGUUAUCUGGACAGCCUGAUUCGUUGCUUCCCUAGCGCCUGCCUCGUGGACAAGGCAGGCCAGCUGAUCUCCUGGAACCUUAGUGAUCCAAUGGCUUGCCUGACACAUGGCUACACCCUCCCUCAGUACCGGGGACAGGGCUGCGUGAGAGCUGUGGCCCAGGCAAUAGCUGGAAAGCUGUAUUCCCGUGGCUUUCCUGUGUACUGUGGGAUCCUGGCAGAGAACCAGCCCUCCAAGCAGGCACUGGUGCGCAUGGGCUUUCAUAUCUUGCCUGAGACAUACUACAUGCUUAUUGUGACACCAGCCCUCAAUCUCCAGAAUUGA